GCAAAUUAGACUUUUCCCAAUGGACUGAACUUGACUAGACUCGACUUAUUCGCGGGUUCCGGCCAACACGUCGGGGUGUCGGGUUGGAAUACGCGGAAAGCUCGCUGUCGCUCAGCCCCCACGUGAUGGCAUGGCACAUUUCUCUUUGCAGUCUCUUCAUGGUGAUGGGUGUUCCUGGGAAGUGGAAAAGGGGACCAAAGUUCUUUCAUCUGACAUAAACAAUUGUUUGCAAUCUGACUUCCCGCGAUUUGUGAGGCGCCUCUGCAUUGUACAGUCGCGACAGCUCGACUGCCCUCCGUGAGCAGACGCAGACUGAGUGCUGAGAGCGCAAUCUCACCAAUCUCACGCCCGACUCACUCACCGGCCUCCCGCUCACCUUUUGAUGAGGCCGUUCCGCGACAUCCGACACCGCAGCAACCGCCAGGAAGAGCCCCAUCAUCAUCACCCUCACAAUCUCCGUCAACAAUGACCGAGCCCUCGCCCGCCGACAAUGGCGGUAUCGUAGGCCGCGUCCGGGGCGCGUCCAUCUCCAUCAUAAACGCGAACCCGCAAUUGGGCAUGUGGCAGGCCGCCGGCACAGCAAUCGCCCAGGCGCCGAACCUCACCGAGCUCCGCGACCCCGAAUCCGGCGGCGACAACAUCGCCUUCACUGCGCAGGGCCACUCGGCGCGCUACGCCGUCCAGGAACCCCACGGCGACCUUGCGCUCAUCCGAUCUAACACGGGCCGGCGCGCGUCUACGUUUUCUAUUAAUGGACAGUCUGCCGGUGGGAGAAAUGUAUUUAACAAUAAGUCGGAAAACAUUAGGGAAACGGAUGAACCUGCUGUGCUGAACGAGACUUCGGACGAAGCACGGCCGGGAACGCAUGAUGAGAGUCUUCUGCCCAGCGAGGGUCAACAGUUCCAGCGACGACAAAGUUUGUAUCAAAAGCAUGCUGCAGAGGAGAAGGCGCCGUGGAAGACGACAAUCGCCAAUGGAUUGAAGGCUUUCUGGAAGUUCUUCCUCACACCAUCAGGGUUCAUCAUCACCAUCUACUGUCUCAACAUUGUCGCUUGGGGAGCCAUGCUCUUCUUCCUCCUCCUCAAAGCCGCUCCAGCAAUGAACUACCCGACCGCCGACGACGACAACUCACCCCGCAAGAAGUGGCUCGAAAUCUCCAGUCAGAUCCUCAACGCCCUUUUCUGCGUAACGGGCUUCGGUCUCGCGCCCUGGCGCUUCCGCGAUCUGUACUGGUACAUCCGGGCCGUCAACUUCAAGAACCAGGCGGCGAUGCUCAAGCUCGCGGCGCAGAACAGGAGUUGGUUCCGGCCGCCUGCGUGGGCUCUCCAGGGUGAGAAGGCACCUGAGACGUUUACUGGACAGGUCGCGCCGCCAACACCGCUGUGGAAGUUGGGGUUCACGAUCUGGAUGAUGGUUUGGAAUACGUUCUUGCAGGCUGUGCUGUGUUAUUUCAUGUGGGGAUACAACCGACUCGACCGACCUUCCUGGGCUACUGGCACCUUCAUCGGCUUGGGAUGCGGUGUCGCUAUGCUUGCCGGUCUCAUGUCAUGGUGGGAAGGCCGGAAGGUGAAGCAGAUUGAAGGUCCAGAGGUCAAGGUCGUUGAGGGAGAGGUGUAAUUAUGUAAUUUGAAAUGUACUACUGUCUGAAAUAGACAUAUAGAGGUCGUGGGAGGUAAACUUGGUCUUGGUUUUAGAGCGAUUUGAGUUGCAUGGGGCUGCUCAUGACUAUGAUAGAUAUGACAUGCAAAACCAAUACGCACACCAGAAGUCUCGCAU